GGAGGGGGCGGGGCGGAGGGCGGGAGAGGCCGAGUCCGGGGAGGCGGGCAGCCGGCCGGCCGACCGACCCACAGGGGCGACGGGCCGCGGGGCGUGGGGCAGGGGCCAGCCGAGGGCGCGUAGGCCCCUGAGGAUGAGGAGGGGGCGGCCCGCUCUGUGAGGCCCCGGAGCGGGGCAUGGCCCGGGCCCGGCCCUGAACGGCGCCCCCGGCCCGGCCAUGUCGGCCGAGGUGCGGCUGAAGCGGCUGCAGGCGCUGGUCCUCGACCGCAGCUUCGUGGGGCUGGAGCCGCUGCUCGAUCUGCUGCUGUGCGUCUACCACGAGCUGCGCACCUCGGCCUUGGCCCACGACAAGUACGUGCUGGAGUUCCUGCAGUGGGCGGAGCCCAUCGCUGCCAGGCUGAAGGAGCUCCAGCUAAGGAGGGAAGAUUUUGAAAUCCUCAAGGUCAUCGGCCGAGGGGCCUUCAGUGAGGUGGCCGUGGUGAAGAUGAAGCGGACUGGGCAGGUUUACGCCAUGAAGAUCAUGAACAAGUGGGACAUGCUGAAGCGCGGGGAGGUGUCGUGCUUCCGGGAGGAGCGAGAUGUGCUGGUGAACGGGGACCCGCGCUGGAUCACACAACUGCACUUCGCCUUUCAGGACGAAAACUACCUGUACCUGGUCAUGGAGUACUACGUGGGCGGCGACCUGCUGACUCUGCUUAGCAAGUUCGGGGAGCGGAUCCCCGCGGAGAUGGCGCGUUUCUACUUAGCGGAGAUGGUCCUGGCCAUCGACUCGGUCCACCGACUGGGCUACGUGCACCGAGACAUCAAGCCCGACAACAUCCUGCUGGACCGCUGCGGGCACAUCCGCCUGGCCGACUUCGGCUCUUGCCUCAAGCUGCGGGAGGACGGGACGGUGAGCUCCGCGAUCGCCGUGGGCACCCCGGAUUACCUGUCCCCCGAGAUCCUGCAGGCCGUGGGGGGCGGGGCCGCCGCCUACGGCCGCGAGUGCGACUGGUGGUCGCUGGGAGUCUUCGCCUACGAGAUGUUCUUCGGGCAGACUCCCUUCUACGCCGAGUCCACGGCCGAAACCUACGGCAAAAUCGUACACUUCCAGGAGCACCUGUCGCUGCCGCGCCCGGAGCCCGGGGUGCCGGCGGAGGCGCGGGAUCUCAUCGAGCGGCUGCUGUGCCCGCGCGAGGCGCGGCUGGGCCGGCGAGGAGCGCUGGAUUUCCGCGCCCACCCGUUCUUCGCGGGCCUGGACUGGGAGGGCCUCCGCGCCAGCGCCCCGCCCUUCGUGCCCGACUGCGCCCACCCCACCGACACCUCCAACUUCGACCUCGUCGACGACGCGCUCACUGACAUGGUGAGCGGGGGCGGGGAGACGCUGUCGGACAUGAUGGAGGAUUCGCCCCUCGGGGUCCAUCUGCCAUUCGUGGGGUUUUCCUACUCCUACGCGGCCUUCGAGGAGAGCCAGCCCCCGGGCCCGGCCAACCCCGUCCCUAUGGAGCUGGACCCGCAGCCGCGCCCGCAACCAGAGCAGAUGCCGCAGCCGCAAUCGGAAUCGCAACCGGAAUCGCAGCCGCAACUAGAAUCGCAGCCUCAAUCGCAACCGGAAUCGCAGCCGCAACCGCAACCGGAAUCGCAACCGCAACCGGAAUCGCAGCCGGAGCAGCAACCAGAAUCCCCGCCGCAACCGGAAUCGCCGCCAGAAUCGCCACCACAACCAGAAUCGCCACCGCAACCAGAAUCGCAACCGGAGCCGCAGCCCCUGGGAGAGGCUGAGGGGGAGCCGCAGGGGUCGGCCGAGGUGCGGGGGCUGCGGGAGCUGCAGGCCAAGCUGGAGGAGGAGAUGCUCAGUCGGCAGAACCUCUACCGCGAGCUGGACGCCGUCCGCGAGGCCAACCAGACCUUCGCCAGCCAGCUGCGCGAGGCGGAGAGCCGCAACGGGGAGCUGGAGGCGCAGGUGCGGCAGCUGCAGGAGCGCAUGGAGGAGAUGCGAGCCCAGGAGCGCCCAGCUGCCUCAGGCCCCCCCACCCCCAGCACCCCGCAGCCGACCGCCCAUCUAGAUAGCUCCCCGCCUGCUCUGGGCCUGUCCACGCGGGUGGGGCCCUUGGGCCACCUCCGCCACCUCCACCACCGCCUGCGGCCCUUUGCCGGGGUCCCUAGGAGUGGCCUUCCUGAGGAGACGGUCAGCCUGUUCGCCGCUGCCCUGGCUCCUGCCGCAGCCCUGGGCUGGGCCAGGCUGGUGGGGUCCCGCGGCUGCGCUGCGGCCUGACACCCCGCCCGGCCUUCCCCCCGCCGGGCCUGGGGAGGCCUCGGGCCCGCCCCCGCCCCCUGACCCUUAGGGCCUUGCCUCUGCCCUCUCCCCCUUCGCUCGUCCUCCCUCCCCUGGUCGGCUUGGGGAAGGGGUAGGGCGGCCCCGGAUC